AAGCGGGCGGAAACCGAGACGCUAGUGUCAACGGAACGGUCAACAUCAGUGACCCUCCCUUCCUAACCUAUAAGUAUACCCAUAGAUAGAUAAAACAUACUCUCUUAGGGGUAUACCAUAGUGUCUGUGUCAAGGUCAAGUCAAUUAGAAAUUUAAAUGAAUGAUUGUCAAAGGAUCGUGGUGAUGUUUAUGCUCGUCGCUCAUGCUGGGAAUGCUAACUGCUUGUGGUACUAGGCUGUAUAGGGCACAGGCUAUCAAACCUUAACUUAACUGAAACAUUCAAUCGCAGCUUUAAUCCUACAUUUUCACACAAAAUAGGUACCGACAAGCCCAAGGUGGAGUAGUUCUGGCCACUGACGCUACUCUGCAACAGCGCUGUCCAGGCACAAUCAUCAUCACUGUCAAAAGGAAAGGGGAUUCCAACCAAAACCUCGACAGCUCCAACCUCUCGACCUUCAACUCCUCAGCUAGCAUCCAAAGCAGCCUCCUUUGACUCCUAAGGUUCCACACUCUACCCAGGUGAAGCCGACUACAUCAAAUUCUGUCAAAAUCAUUCAAAACCCCAAAUAAAGAAUUAGAAUUUAUUGAACUCAAUUAAAGGAGAAAGAGUAAAGCCUCACACGCUCCUGGUGGUCCUGAAAUAAGAAUUAUUAUGUGCAAAUGUGCUGGACCUUUCACAGUUCAAUAUCAAGAUUAAAAUAUUGAAAAGCUUUGAAAAUAAAUUUUAUUGUGAUAAACUAAAAUUCAAAUCUGCACAAAAACAAAAUGUUUCACGACAUACCUAGUGUUAGUGUGUGAUGUUGUAAAGGUAGUUGUGAUUCUUUCAACAAAUAAACAUGAGUACUCCUCCGUGGUUAGAAUCAUUGUCUCUACACAAUGCUAUUGACAAAUUGUCUGUAGACGAUAUAAAGUCAAUGUUGGAGCUUAACAAUCAUAAAUGUGAGAUUGACACUUUGGACUGCAGAGGAAGAACACCUCUGCAGUGUGCCAUUUCAAGGGGUUUUGAGGAAAUUGUAAAACUAUUGAUAGACAAAAAUGCCAUGCUAAAUGCAAAGGAUAUUGAUGGAAACACAUCAGUACAUCAUGCUGUUUUGGGAGAUGAUGAGAAGUCAUUAAGGAUAUUAGAACUCUUGAUCGACAAAGGUGUAGAUCUGAACAUUGCUAAUCACUUACAUCAAACCCCUCUUCAUUUAGCAGUAGAAAGAGAUUUUCAGCCAUGUGUCAAGUUAUUGUUGGACAAUGGUGCAAAAGUAAAUGUGCAGGACAAUGUGGGUAGAACACCGUUGCAUUAUGCUGUUUCAGAGAAAAAUGAUAGCAUUGUAAAGCUGCUUAUAAGACCAGAUUCACAAUUAGACCUUGCAGACAAAAAAGGAAAAACUUCUCUUCACCUAGCAGCAGAAACCAAAUUUGCAUUUGGUGUUUCCAUACUAUUAGAAUCUGGAGCAAAUACCAAUGUCCAAGAUGAUUUGGGGAAUACACCUUUACACUACUCUGUCCUUUACUCUAAGAAACAACGUCCCUGCUGCAAGCAAAUGAUCAAUAUAUUGAUCAACAGCAGUGUGAUCUCACAGAAAAAUAAAGAAGGUCACACAGCAUUGCAUUGUGCUGUCGAUGCAAAUAACUUCACAGCAGUCGAAUUAUUGCUUCAAGCUGGAGCAGAGGUAAAUGAGAGAGAUGUUGGUGGCCGCACUCCACUUCACCAUGCAAGUAUGAGGAAACGUAUUAAAUCAAAAAUAAUGAAAGCUCUUCUUGAAAGUGGAGCCCAAGUAGAUUGCAGAGAUGAACUUGACAGAACCCCUUUACAUUGGGCUGCCAAUGGCUGCUUCGUAGCCAGAGGAUCCUUGUUGAUAGAAUAUGGAGCUGACAUCAAUGCCAAGGAUAGAAACCUCGACACGCCACUCCAUCUUUGCAUGUCUAUACAUCCAUCCUUUGCAACAUUGUUAUUAGAUAAGGGAUGUGAAGCUGACUUUAAAAACAUACAUGGCAACACACCACUUCUAAUGGCAGUAGAAAGAGAUCUUCAAUCAAUAGCAAAUCUACUAAUAAGUAAAGGUGCUGAUAUUUUUGUUAAACAUAGAGGUAAGAGUCUUCUUCAUAUUGCAGUUUCAAAUAUGAGUGAGGAAAUUGUCAAGAAACUUAUACAAAAUGGUGCUGAAAUAGAUUGCAAGGAUGACAAUGGGCGCACAGCACUUCAUUAUGCAGCUCUAUAUUGUUAUUUUGACAACAUAAAUAUUGUUCAUUUAAUUCUAAUGAGUGGUUCAUAUGUUAUGAUGAAAGAUAACAGAGGACUAACUCCAGCUGACUUUGCUCUCAAGAAUAAGUUUUACGCGAUGGAAGUUUUGCAAAUUCUGUUGGAAUGGCAUUGGUUCUCUACAGAUUUCGAACAGAUUUUGAAGAACUCGAACAGUACAAUGAGAGAUGUAUUUAAAACGGUUCUUGACAAGAUAUAUGUGAAAAUGAAACAUGCACAAUUUUUACCUCUAGAAGAAGAGGAUUCUUUUUCCCCCUUUUUGCAUUUAAAGUGCUGUAUUGAAAUAGAAAAAAUGAUGACAAGAAAGUUCAAUCAUAAUGCGCUCAGUGACAUAUUAUUGAAAUACUCUGAUCUCACGUUCUUAUCAAAUGAUGGCAUAAGAAAGAAAAUAUUUUCAUCAAACUUAGAUUAUGAUUUUCCAGUCUACAGUAAUAUUUUGAGGGCUGCCUAUACAAAAGCAAAAGAUCGACUUGGCAAAAUCAAUGUUGUGUCUAACAUUUUAAAGUUUCCCCUACCAGAAGAAAUGACAUGGAAGAUUUUAACAUACAUUAGUGACCAUGACAUGGAAAACAUUAUUAAAGCAUCAGAAAUACAUUGUGACGAGGUGAUGCUUGAAAACAAUGAGAAGACAAGCCAACUAGACCUAUCUCUCAGAGAGAACACUGUGUUAGAACACAAAUUAGAUGAAGAAAAGAAAUUAAGAUCCUCUGAUCUAAACCACUCAUUUACAAUUCAGGAUGCUGAAAACACUGAGAAGCUUAAACUUAAAAAUAAAAUUAAAGAACUGGAUUUGCAACAUAACACCAUCGUUGCUAGAAAUAACUGCUUACUUGCAGAAAAUUUGGACUUACAACAACAAAUCAGGAAAGCUAACUCGCAGUAUGAAAACUUGGUUGAAAAGAGCAAAAAUAAAGAUGUUACUAUAUCUGGACUAAAAUCUUAUUUAGACACAAUGAAAUGCGAUAUUUUGAAACUACAGUCACAGAAGUCCUGGGGCAAGGAUAAAUGGGUAGAUGACUCUGUCCUUAACGACUAUUUCGCUGCCAUGUCGGACAACCUAGGCAACAAAGAUGUUUUAUUCUUAGGACCCUCCGUGACCCUUACUAUUACUCUCGGUACACAAGACAUCUAUGAAGAAAGCUUAAAGCUAACAUCAUACCAGAACUGUAAAUAUGUAUUUCUAUGCUUAAGCGAUUGCACAGACGGGGGAGCAGAAGACACUGGAUCUCAUUGGAGUUUAUUAUUCUUAGAUAGGAUAAACAAAGCCGCAUAUCACUUUGACUCUGUCCACUCUAUGAAUAUGAAGAAUGCAAAAUCUGUUGCUGCGAAACUUGGAAUACAAUCCGAUAACGUGAUCGAAAUGCCCUGUGUCCAGCAGAAACAGACAUUUGAAUGUGGGAUCCAUGUACUGGCUAACACUAAGUACAUUGCAGACCACUUUUGUAAAAGAAAUAUUGGUUCAACUUUUGCGGACUGGUAUUCUGGAGCCGUAAAACCAAAUGGUGUCCCCAACUGCAACAUUGCGACAGCAUCACAAAGUCAAAUAAAUGAAAAUCGCUAUAAGUGGAGGACAAUCCCCUCGAAAAAGACUAUAUCUAAAACAAAAAAGUCCAAACCUAAUGUAAAAUUAGUAACUAAAAACCGAUUUGAAGUUCUGGACGUAAUAGCAGAAAUACCGCAAUCGAAUGUAGUCUCUGUUAAUAGCGACCUUCCAGAAACCACCACUAAGAAGAACAAUGUAAACAAAACAAAACAUACAAGGCCCGGUCCAAUGAAGAAACACGUAUCAGCUCCUCGAUCAGACUCCCACAAGUUAUCCAUCUCAAGUGACAGCCAGGGAAGAGACUUAGCUGCAUUCAUCGAACAUACAAAACACGGAGCUAGUACUGUUCUCCAAAUUAUUAACCACUGUCAGCCAGGGGCCCCUAUUAAGCCAAUACUACACCAAGUUAUGAAUUCUGCCUAUUUCAAAACUUACACAAAGGAAGAUUGUAUCGUUAUUCUAGCAGGAACAAAUGACAUCACUAGUUCAGUCAUUCGAGCGCCAAUAAAUCCAGUUUGUCAGUAUCUGACAGAGGCUCUUCCCAAGUUUGAGCACACAAAUCUCAUUCUGUCUACUAUACCUAACAGAUACGAUCUAACACCAGAAAGCCCUGAAAAUAAGUUUAUAAAUGACACAAAUUUAAUGAUAAGACGUAUGCUCGCAGAUUUCCCUCAAGCUAAAACUCUUGAUCUGCAUCUCCUCCAGCGCUGGUACCACACUCGACAUGGCCUGCACUUGAACAGUAAGGGGAAAAAGUGUAUAGCCAAGCAAAUAAUAAGGCUAACUAAUGAAUUCCUACAUGAAAAUAAAACUAAACAAAACAACGCAUCUAAUACAUUGCCAUCCCCUGUAGUAACACGUCAUGUUGCAUCUGUUUGUUCUACUAAAGAUGUUAACCAUUCGAAUGUAGUAUCUACUGAAAUACCCGAUAGCCAAAUUCAAGUUCUUGAAGGAAAUAUGGACAGCGUUAUUUCGGAAAAUCAAAACAAGUCGUCUGUUGCUUUCGCCCACUGUAUAUCGGGUGAUUUUGGAGACCAAAGACAGAUGAGCCAAGGAGUGGCAGUCAUCUUCCGCAAUAGGUUUGGUAGACCAACAAAAGCGCAAUGUGUGAGCAAAGCUUUGGCUUUACAAAACACUCCGAAUGGGGCACUUGUUUAUAGUCUUAUAACUAAAAAUAGAUACUGCGAAAAACCUAGUAUAUCAGACUAUGCGGAGGCACAUAAUCAGCUCAUAACAGAUUUCAAAAGUAAGAACCUGCAGGAACUGAUUUGUUCUCCCCUGGGAUGCAUACGUGACCAGAUUCCUACAAGCGUGUUUGCGAAACAUAUUGUUCAGUUUCACCGCAGCACAAAAGUCUCAGUCAAAGUUAUUGUGGAUGAUGAGCGAGCUACCAGACAUCUCAGAAGAGGACUAAAACACAAUGAGUUUGUGAAUCAGCUACGAAAGGACAUUGCUGAGGAGCUAAGGAGGUACAACAUCUCAACACCACCUACCACCAACAUCACAGCAGGGCAGGAGCAGUCACAACCACAGGCAUCACCAUCGCCACUACCUGCAUCCACAACAGUACAGGAUGUCGAACAAGCGUCUGCCAGCCCUGAGGAGUCUGCAGAAGAAUACAGUGGGGGAGGGAUCAGUGAAAAAGUCUCUAUCAGUGAAGUGGGGAGUGCAAGCCCUAUUAUAAACAUGAGUACUCCUCCGUGGUUAGAAUCAUUGUCUCUACACAAUGCUAUUGACAAAUUGUCUGUAGACGAUAUAAAGUCAAUGUUGGAGCUUAACAAUCAUAAAUGUGAGAUUGACUCUUUGGACUGCAGAGGAAGAACACCUCUGCAGUGUGCCAUUUCAAGGGGUUUUGAGGAAAUUGUAAAACUAUUGAUAGACAAAAAUGCCAUGCUAAAUGCAAAGGAUAUUGAUGGAAACACAUCAGUUCAUCAUGCUGUUUUGGGAGAUGAUGAGAAGUCAUUAAGGUUGUUAGAACUCUUGAUUGACAAAGGUGUAGAUCUGAACAUUGCUAAUCACUUACAUCAAACCCCACUUCAUUUAGCAGUAGAAAGAGAGUUUCAGCCAUGUGUCAAGCUAUUGUUGGACAAUGGUGCGAAAGUAAAUGUGCAGGACAAUGUUGGUAGAACACCAUUACAUUAUGCUGUUUCAAAGAAAAAUAAUAGCAUUGUAAAGCUGCUUAUAAGACGAGAUUCACAAUUAGACCUUGCAGACAAAAAAGGAAAAACUUCUCUUCACUUAGCAGCAGAAACCAAAUUUGCAUUUGGUGUUUCCAUACUACUAGAAUCUGGAGCAAAUAUCAAUGUCAAAGAUGAUUGGGGUAAUACACCUUUACAUUACUCUGUCCUAUGCACUAAGAAACAACGUCAAUACUGCAACCCAAUGAUCAAUCUAUUGAUCAACAGCAGUGUGAUCCCACAGAAAAAUAAAAAAGGUCACACAGCAUUGCAUUGUGCUGUCGAUGCAAAUAACUUCACAGCAGUCGAAUUAUUGCUUCAAGCUGGAGCAGAGGUAAAUGAGAGAGAUCUUAUUGGCCGCACCCCACUUCACCAUGCAAGUAUGAGGAAACGUAUUAAAUCAAAAAUAUUGAAAGCUCUUAUUGAAAGUGGGGCCCAAGUAGAUUGCAGAGAUGAUCUUGACAGAACCCCUUUACAUUGGGCUGCCAUUGGCUGCUUCGUAGCCAGAGGAUCCUUGUUGAUAGAAUAUGGAGCUGACAUCAAUGCCAAGGAUAGGAAACUCAACACGCCACUCCAUCUCUGCUUAUCUGAACCUUCGCCCUUUGGAACAUUGUUAUUAGAUAAGGGGUGUGAGAUUGACUUGAAAAACAGCUGUGGCUACACACAGCUGCAAAUAGCAGUAGAAAUAGGUUGUCAAUCAAUAGCAAAUCUACAAAUAAGUAAAGGUGCUAAUAUUUAUGUUAAAUGUAGUGGUAGUAAGAGCCUUCUUCAUAUUGCAGUUUCAAAUAGGAGUAAGAAAAUUGUUGAGAAACUUAUAGAAAAUGGUGCUGAUAUAGACUGCAAGGAUGACAAUGGGCGCACAGCACUUCAUUAUGCAGUCAAAACUUGCAAUCGUUUCUAUGACAAUACUAUUAUUAAUACACUUCUAAUGAGUGGUUCAUAUGUUCUGAUGAAAGAUAGAAUGGGAGUAACUCCAGUUGACCUUGCACUGUAUGACUGUCACAUUCCGAACCGUGGAUGGUACAGUUUCCGGAUCCUGAUGGAAUGGGGUUGGUUCUGUACAGGUUUCCCUUUUAAAUCCAUAUCUGAAUCACUUAGGAACAUAGCGUAUGAAGAUGGAAAAUAUUUUCAUGACCAGAUAUAUGUGAAAAUGAAAUAUGCAAGAUUUUUACCUCAAGAAAAGGAUUCUUUAACCACCCAUUUCCAUUUAGAUUGCUCUGCUGAAAUAGAAAAAAUGAAGAAAACAAAGAUCAAUCAUAAUGCUCUAAGUGACAUAUUAUUGAAAUACUCUGAUCUCACGUUCUUAUCAAAUGAUGGCAUAAGGAAGAAAAUAUUUUCAACAAUCUUAGAUUUUGAUUUUCCACUUUACAUUAAUAUUUUGAGGGCUGCCUAUAUGAAAGCAAAAGAACGACUUGGCAAAAUCAGUGUUGUUAGUAACAUUUUAAAGUUUCCUCUACCAGAAGAAAUGACAUGGAAGAUUUUGACAUACGUCAGUGACAAUGACAUUGACAACAUCAUUAAAGCAUCUAAACAAUUGCGAUACUUUCAACAAAUAAACAUGAGUACUCCUCCAGGGUUAGAAUCAUUGUCUCUACACAAUGCUAUUGACAAAUUGUCUGUAGACGAUAUCAAGUCAAUGUUGGAGCUUAACAAUCAUAAAUGUGAGAUUGACACUUUGGACUGCACAGGAAGAACACCUCUGCAGUGUGCCAUUUCAAGGGGUUUUGAGGAAAUUGUAAAACUGUUGAUAGACGAAAAUGCCAUGCUAAAUGCAAAGGAUACUCGUGGACAAACAUCAGUACAUUAUGCUAUUUUGGGAGAUGAUGAGAAGUCAUUAAGGAUAUUAGAACUCUUGAUUGACAAAGGUGUAGAUCUGAACAUUGCUGAAUGGUUAAAUAAAACCCCUCUUCAUUUAGCAGUAGAAAGAGAGUUUCAGCCAUGUGUCAAGCUAUUGUUGGACAAUGGUGCAAAAGUAAAUGUGCAGGACAUUGCGGGUAGAAUACCUUUACAUUAUGCUGUUUCAAAGAAAAAUGAUACCAUUGUAAAGCUGCUUAUAAGACGAGAAUCACAAUUAGAUCUCGCGGACAAAAAAGGACAAACUUCUCUUCACUUAGCAGCAGAAAUAAAAUAUGCAUUUGGUGUUUCCAUACUAUUAGAUUCUGGAGCAAAUAUAAUUGCAAAAGAUGAUUUGGGGAAUACACCUUUACAUUACUCUCUACUUUGCACCAGGAAACAAAAUCCCUACUACAAGCAAAUGAUGAAUCUAUUGAUCAACAGCAAUGUGAUAUACUCACACAGAAAUAAAGAUGGUCACACAGCAUUGCAUUGUGCUGUCGUUGGAAAUAGCUUCACAGCAGUCGAAUUAUUACUUCAAGCUGGAGCAGAGGUAAAUGAGAGAGAUGUUGGUGGUCGCACCCCACUUCACCAUGCAAGUAUGGGAAAACAUAUUAAAUCAAAAAUAUUGAAAGCUCUUAUUGAAAGUGGAGCCCAAGUAGAUUGCAGAGAUGAUCUUGACAGAACCCCUUUACAUUGGGCUGCCAAUGGCUGCUUUGUAGCCAGAGGAUCUUUGUUGAUAGAAUAUGGAGCUGACAUCAAUGCCAAGGAUAGAAACCUCGACACACCACUCCAUCUCUGCUUGUCUGAACCUUCGUCCUUUGGAACGUUGUUAUUAGAUAAGGGGUGUGAGAUUGACUUGAAAAACAGCCAUGGCUGCACACAGCUGCAAAUAGCAGUAGAAAGAGGUUGUCAAUUAAUAGCAAAUAUACUAAUAAAUAAAGGUGCUGAUAUUUCUGUUAAAGGUUUUUGUGGUAAGAGCCUUCUUCAUAUUGCAGUUUUAAAUAGGAGUAAGAAAAUUGUCAAGAAACUUAUACAAAAUGGUGCUGAAAUAGAUUGCAAGGAUGACAAUGGGCGCACAGCACUUCAUUAUGCAGCUCGAGAUUGCAAUUUUGACAAAACUGUUGUUAAUUUAAUUCUAAUGAGUGGUUCAAAUGUUAUGAUGAAAGAUAACAGAGGACUAACUCCAGCUGACUUUGCUCUCUGGGAUGGGUUUGAUGGAUAUGAAGCUUUCCAGAUGCUGAUGGAAUGGAGUUGGUUCUGUACAGAUUUCUCUUUUAAAUGCACCAGACCUGAAACACCUAAGAACUUGAACAGUCAAAUGAGAGUUAUAUUUAGAAUUGUUCUUGACCAGUUAUAUGUGAAAAUGAAACAUGCAAGAUUUUUACCUCUAGAAGAGGAUUCUUUUUCCACCGAUUUGCAUUUAAAGUGCUCUGCUGAAAUUGAAAAAAUGAAGACAACAAAGUUCAAUCAUAAUGCGCUCAGUGACAUAUUAUUGAAAUACUCUGAUCUUACGUUCUUAUCUAAUGAUGGCAUAAGGAAGAAAAUAUUUUCAACAAACUUAGAUGAUGAUUUUCCAAUCUACAAAAAUAUUUUGAGGGCUUCCUAUACUAAAGCAAAAGAACGACUUGGCAAAAUCAGUGUUGUUAGUAACAUUUUAAAGUUUCCUCUACCAGAAGAAAUGACAUGGAAGAUUUUGACAUACGUCAGUGACAAUGACAUUGACAACAUCAUUAAAGCAUCCAAACAAUUGCGAUUCUUUCAACAAAUAAACAUGAGCCCUCCUCCAUGGUUAGAAUCAUUGUCUCUACACAUUGCUAUUGACAUAUUGUCUGUAGACGAUAUAAAGUCAAUGUUGGAGCUUAACAAUCGCAAACGUGAGAUUGACACUUUGGACUGCACAGGAAGAACACCUCUGCAGUGUGCCAUUUCAAGGGGUUUUGAGGAAAUUGUAAAACUAUUGAUAGACAAAAAUGCCAUGCUAAAUGCAAAGGAUAUUGAUGGAAACACAUCAGUACAUCAUGCUGUUUUGGGAGAUGAUGAGAAGUCAUUGAGAAUAUUAGAACUCUUGAUUGACAAAGGUGUAGAUCUGAACAUUGCUAAUCACUUACAUCAAACCCCUCUUCAUUUAGCAGUGAAAAGAGAUUUUCAGCCAUGUGUCAAGCUAUUGUUGGACAAUGGUGCAAAAGUAAAUGUGCAGGACAAUGUGGGUAUAACACCGUUGCAUCAUGCUGUUUCAAAGAAAAAUGAUAGCAUUGUAAAGCACAUGAUAAGACAAGAAUCACAAUUAGACCUCGCAGACAAAAAAGGAAAAACUUCUCUUCACUUAGCAGCAGAAAUAAAAUAUGCAUUUGGUGUUUCCAUACUAUUAGAAUCUGGAGCAAAUAUCAAUGUCCAAGAUGAUUUGGGGAAUACACCUUUACACUACUCUGUCCUUUACUCUAAGAAACAACGUCCCUGCUGCAAGCAAAUGAUCAAUCUAUUGAUCAACAGCAGUGUGAUCUCACAGAAAAAUAAAGAAGGUCACACAGCAUUGCAUUGUGCUGUCGAUGCAAAUAACUUCACAGCUGUCGAAUUAUUGCUUCAAGCUGGAGCAGAGGUAAAUGAGAGAGAUGUUGGUGGCCGCACUCCACUUCACCAUGCAAGUAUGAGGAAACGUACUAAAUCAAAAAUAAUGAAAGCUCUUCUUGAAAGUGGAGCCGAAGUAGAUUGUAGAGAUGUUAUUGACAGAACCCCUUUACAUUGGGCUGCCAUUGGCUGCUUUGUAGCCAGAGGAUCUUUGUUGAUAGAAUAUGGAGCUGACAUCAAUGCCAAGGAUAGCAAGCUCAACACUCCACUCCAUCUUUGCAUGUCUAAAUAUCCAUCCUUUGGAACAUUGUUAUUAGAUAAGGGGUGUGAGAUUGACUUGAAAAACAGCUGUGGCUACACACAGCUGCAAAUAGCAGUAGAAAGAGGUUGUCAAUCAAUAACAAAUCUACUAAUAAGUAAAGGUGCUGAUAUUUCUGUUAAAUGUAGUGGUAGUAAGAGCCUUCUUCAUAUUGCAGUUUCAAAUAGGAGUGAGAAAAUUGUUGAGAAACUUAUACAAAAUGGUGCUGAUAUAGAUUGCAAGGAUGAUAGUGGGCGCACAGUACUUCAUUAUGCAGCAGCUGACCAUCAUAUCCUUUUUUCUGCCAAAACUAUUAUUAAUUUAAUUCUAAUGAGUGGUUCAUAUGUUAUGAUGAAAGAUAGCAGAGGACUAACUCCAGUUGACCUUGCACUCAAUAGAUGUGCCAUUUCGAUCUAUGGACGUGACAUUUUAGAGAUGCUGUUGGAAUGGGGUUGGUUCUGUACAACAGAUUUCCCUUUUAUAUCCACCAGAUCUGAAUCAAAUAGUUUUGGUAUGAAAGAACGUUUUCUUUACCCCAUAUAUGACCAGAUAUGUGUGAAAAUGAAACAUACAAGAUUUUUACCUCAAGAAGAAGAGUCCUCUCAAGAAGAGGGUUCUUUUUCCACCGAUUUGCAUUUAAAGUGCUCUGCUGAAAUAGAAAAAAUGAAGACAACAAAGUUCAAUCAUAAUGCGCUCAGUGACAUAUUAUUGAAAUACUCUGAUCUCACGUUCUUAUCAAAUGAUGGCAUAAGAAAGAAAAUAUUUUCAUCAAACUUAGAUGAUGAUUUUCCAGUCUACAACAAUAUUUUGAGGGCUGCCUAUACGAAAGCAAAAGAACGACUUAGCAAAAUCAGUGUUGUUAGUAAUAUUUUAAAGUUUCCUCUACCAGAAGAAAUUACAUGGAAUAUUUUAACAUACAUCAGUGACAAUGACAUGGACAACAUCAUUAGAGCAUCAGAAAUAUAAGGAUUUACAGUAAUAGCUUAGCUUGAUUGACUUACGUAUUCUUUCUAGAAUUUAGUGGUUUACAUGUAUAUGUAUAUAAAAUGUAUUUUUAAACCAUCUAUACUGUUUUUAAGAGUGGUAAAGAGCUUGAAACCUGAAAAAAGUAUUAACUCCUAACUAAGUUUACAAACACUCACUUUACGGGGAAUAAAAGGUGGCUUGCAGCCUAUUUUUAGUUUCCUGUAUGUUAUUGUUGGGUCAAUGAUUCACUUCUGUAUUUUUUCAUGUUUAAGUAUAUAAAAUGCAUUUUUAAACCAUCUAGACUGUUUUUAAGAGAUGACAAGAACUUGAAGCCUAAAAAUAUGACAAGUCUCUAAUUUC